UAACACCUCACGAGGUAGACUGAACAUAUUUGAAACGACCGGUUUGAUUCAUUCGCAGCGUGUUCAGCUCAAACCCAACUAGUACUGAGCCCAGCAAACACGGGUUACAUGUGUAUAGCUUUUUAAUCUUAGUAAAUAAUAACACAACCAUCUUUUACUAACAGAUUGCAGGAUAACGUGAUGAUGAAAUUUUUAAAGACGUUUUUUGUGAUACUUAGUUUUAACUGUCUAGAAUUUACUGUGGCGCAAGAACCAAAGUGUAUUUGGUUUGAAGAAUGUGGAAAGAUCAAAGGUUUACCUGUAAAUUGUUAUAACAAUAAUACAGCAAAACCAUUAACGGAUAAAAAUUCAUUGGAUGUCCUUCAAAAAUGGUGCCCAGAUUUUGUGGAACAUUAUACAGACAGAGACAAUACAUUGAAAACCUGUUGUGCAGUCGACCAACUUAAGACAUUUGAUACUAAUAUUGUUCAGGUAGCAAACUUUUUGAAUCGUUGUCCAUCAUGCAUGAAAACAUUUGGACGGUUCCUAUGUGAGAUGAUUUGUUCUCCUAUGCAGAGUAGUUUUAUAAAUGUCACCGAAACUACAAUUUCAGAAUCAGGUAAAGAGUGGGUAAGACGUAUGGAUUUUUUUAUAUCCGAAGAAUACAUGCAAGGGAUCUAUAGCUCGUGUAAAGCAGUCUCAAAUCCAGCGACUGGAGAACGAGCUAUGGAUGUUAUAUGUGGCGGAUCAGUAGGGUGCACUGCCAAUAGGUGGUUUAAAUUUAUGGGCGAGAAUCCUUUCAUAGCUUUUGUUAUUAAUUACGUUUCAGUUAUACAGGAUAACUUAAGGAAUUUUAAACCACUAAAAGUUCCUGUUAAGCCAUGCAAUCAACCUUUUGAUAAUGCAACUGUUGCGUGUAGUUGUAUGGAUUGCGAAGAAAGUUGUCCGGUAGCUGAUAAACUGCCGGUACCAUCAGAACUUCCCACUUUGGGUGGAUUUGAUAUUAUAACAUUAUUAUCAGCCGUGAUAUUUUGCAUUUUAUCAACAUUAUUUACAAUGUAUUCUUGCCUACUGCAUUUCAAAAGUAAAAAAAAAAGUGAAGAACAGUAUAAAGAUACUAAAUACUCAUUUGUUGGUCAAAUAAAAACUAUUAAACGCGGGAAUUUAGAAAUUGUAUUUUUUAAAAUUGGAAAAAACUGUGCUGAAAGACCCUGGAUAGUAUUUAUGUUUGGUGUUUGUCUAAUCACUAUGUUUAGUCAUGGUAUACACUUUGUUCAAAUUACUACGGAUCCUGUUGACUUAUGGUCUUCUUCACAUAGUCAAUGUCGUCAAGAGCGGGAAUAUUUUAAUAAAAACUUUAAACCGUUCUUCCGGACCCAACAAGUUAUAAUGGUUCCUAGAGGAAUCGACGAUGUGUAUCAAAAUUCAUCCAAUGGGUUGAUAAAAUUUGGACCAGUAUUCAAUCGUACAUUCUUAGGGGCUGCAAAGAAACUACAAGACAAAAUUGAAUCUCUAGGAAAACCUGAUCAUGGUUUAGAAAAAGUAUGUUUUGCACCGUUAACUUCUGAGUUCACUGGGCCACCCAAAUUAUCUGAUUGUGUUGUACAAAGUGUUUGGGGGUAUUUCGGCAACAAAGAAUACAAAAUGGACCGUACAUCUCGGAAUCCAGACGGCUCUACAGCCACUUAUUUAGAUAAGUUUAGGCUGUGUUUUCAAAAUCCAUACAAUCCUCUUUGUUUGGCGCCUUAUGGCGGUCCAGUUGAUCCUUCAGCCACUCUUGGUGGAUUUUCAAAGACAAAUGAACCGAUUUCUAAAAAUUCUCCAUUUGAAAAAUCUACUGCUUUAUUAUUAACAUUUGUGUUAAAUAAUAACAAUGAUAAAUCAUUAUUAAAAGAAACGUUAUUGUGGGAACAAAAAUUUUUAGAUUUCAUGAAAAAUUGGACUAAAGAAUCUAAACCUACAUAUAUGGAUGUUGCCUAUUUUUCAGAACGAUCAGCUGAAGAUGAGCUGAAUCGAGAAUCUCAUUCAGAUGUUUCGACGAUAGCUAUAAGUUAUAUAGUGAUGUUUUUAUACAUAGUUAUGGCUUUAGGUCGUUCUAAGAUAUUAUUGAGUUUCUUUGGAGUCGUUUUAGUGAUUGCAUCAAUUUUAUGUUCAAUUGGUUUCUAUGGCUUAAUCGGAGUGCCAUUAUCCCUGAUUGUACUUGAAGUUAUUCCGUUUAUAGUUCUUGCUGUAGGGGUCGACAAUAUUUUUUUAUUGAUCCGUGCUUAUCAACAAGUAAAAAUGAAAGUAGAUGAGACUGUCCCUAAUUACAUUGGUAGAGUUUUGAGUAAGGUUGGUCCAUCAAUUUUUAUUACUACGGCAUCAGAGUCGAUAUGUUUCUUUAUCGGUGGUUUAUCAGAGAUGCCAGUAGUGAAAGCGUUUGCAUUACACGCUGCUAUGGCGUUAGUCAUGAAUUUUGUUCUUCAGAUCACUUUUUUUGUUGGCCUUUUAGCUAUAGACGCCCGAAAAAAGUUGAAAAAACAGAAAUCGGAUGAAAAAAAUUUUGUUCAAGAUGUAUUUAAAAAAAUGUACAGCCCAUUUUUAAUGAAUAGUUAUGUUCGGCCGUUUAUUAUACUAUUAUUUACUGCUUGGUUUUGUACAAGCAUUGCAGUUAUUCCGAAAAUUGAUGUAGGUUUAGAUGUAGAAAUUACUAUGACUGAAGAUUCUUAUGUUUUAAAAUUUUUCAAGUACAUGAAACAAUAUUUGUCGACUGGACCACCAGUUUACUUUGUUGUUACUGAUGGGCUUAAUUUAACUGAUAAAAAUGAUCAAAACCUUCUUUGUGGGGGUAUAAAUUGUAACCCGUAUUCUAUACCAAACCAAAUUUACAAAGCAUCAAAAUCGUCUGAAAUAACAUAUAUAAAUAGACCUUCGAAUUCUUGGCUUGACGACUAUUUUGAUUGGUCAAGCAUUUCAAGUUGUUGCAAAUACUAUGCGACCAACCAAAGUUUUUGUCCACAUUGGAAACAUGAAUGUGAAAGUUGUAUUAUUAGCAAAAAUGACCUAGGUCGACCAAGUAGCGAAAGUUUCAUCAAGUAUCUCCCUUAUUUCCUCCAAGAUAAUCCUGAUAAACAUUGUUCAAAAGCUGGUCAUGCGUCUUAUAGUGAUGCGAUAGUUAUUCGCAACGAUACUGUUGGUGCAAGUUAUUUUAUGACGUUUCACUCUGUAUUGAGAACUUCUAAAGAUUUCUUUGAAUCAUUACGUUCCGCCAGAAUUAUAUCAGAAAACAUGACAAAUACAAUUAGACAAAUAAAACCAAACACCACAGCAAAAGUUUUUCCAUAUAGUGUGUUUUACGUUUUCUAUGAGCAGUAUUUAACAAUUUGGAGUGUAUGCUUUAAUAACUUAGUUUUUUCAUUGUUAGUAGUUACAUUGAUUGUUUUGAUUUUAACAAAAUUUAAUUUUAAGUCAGCAGUAAUUCUUUUAAUAGUAAAUACUAUGAUAACGGUGGAUAUUUUGGCUGUUAUGUAUUUUUGGAAUAUUUCGCUAAAUGCGGUUUCUCUAGUCAACUUAGUAAUGUCAAUUGGAAUAAUGGUCGAAUUUUGUGGUCAUACAAUUUUCCACUUUGCAAAGUCUGAUAUACUAUGUCCAAUCGAACGCGCAAAAAAUACAUGCACUUACGUUGGAAGCUCUGUUUUCUCUGGUAUUACGAUGACUAAGUUUGCCGGCCUGACAAUAUUAGGUUUUGCUAACUCGCCAGUAUUUACUAUAUUUUAUUUUAGAAUGUAUAUGAGUAUUGUACUAAUAGCUGCAUUACAUGGCUUAAUGUUUUUACCAGUUUUAUUAAGCUAUCGAGGCAUUCCUAUAAAAAAUAUUGAUAUUGAUACAAAUUUUAAUUGGCCCGAUAUUAAUAAAGUUACUUUAAAUCAAGAUAACUCACAACUUGAAGUUACUAAGUGAACAGAAGAUGAAGUUAUUGAACUUAUAAAUUGUACAACCUUGGUGGAAUAAAAUCUUAACUCGGAUCUCAUGAAUAAAAAGUUUUGUUUGUUUUAAGUAAGAGUUUAUUCGGUUACAGGUUGGACUGGGACGAUCUUCAGUAAAAUUAAAUUAUACUUAUGUAAAUUAGAUAUAUUUUUUCAAAUGUAUAAUUAUUUUUUAAUCUACUUAAUUUAUUGUAUAAAUAGCUAUUUAUUUAGUCAAUUGAGGUGAUGUUGUUUAUAGUUAUUUAUAUGUUAUUCCAUAUUUUUAUUUUAAGGUUUUUCUACUGCUGUUAAUUUAAACAUUUUUGUUAUGAGGUAUUAUAGUAUAUUAAGUACGCCUAUGGUUACGAAUGAUUAUAAAUUGACUAUUAGAUAUUAUUUCAUAAUUUUAAAGGUGCUAUACUUUUAAUGAAUUCUACAUGUAAAUAA